GAGACAAGUCCUAUCUAUACUACUUUAUGACAGCAUAAUGACAUCACUGGUGACACGGAGUAGUAGUGGGCGGAGUUUGGAGGCUGAGAGGUUAUUGCCCUGAAUUUAUCCCUCCAUGAUGACAGACAGACAGACAGACAGACAGACAGGGGGCCUGUAGCUGCUAUCUCCGCCCCCCGCACACGUGACAGCUGGAGCACUGACUGGUUACAGACUUCAACAGCUCCUGUAGCGGUCACACUAAUCCGAAGACAUGCGGGUGGCAGUGAUUGGAGCUGGAGUCAUUGGCCUGUCAACAGCUCAGAGCAUCUAUGAGCAGUAUCACUCCAUCGUCAGUCCGCUGACCAUUGAGGUGUACGCGGACCGUUUCACGCCACUGACCACCAGUGAUGGAGCUGCUGGCUUCUGGCAGCCGUACCUCUACGAUAAGGGCAACGUCCAGGAGACAAAAUGGAAUAAAGAGACAUUUGACUACUUGCUGAGCUUCCUCAGUUCACCAGAGUCCGUAAAAAUGGGUAUUUUUCUUCAGUCUGGCUACAACCUCUGCUCUGAACCAGUCCCAGAUCCCUCUUUCAAAGAUAUUGUCCUGGGCUUCAGGCAGCUCACAGAGAGAGAACUGCAGAUGUUCCCCGGAUACAAUUAUGGGUGGUUCAACACUGCUCUCAUGGUGGAAGGUAAAUCCUAUUUGCCCUGGCUGAUGGAUUGGUUGCAAAAAAGGGGUGUGAAAUUUUACAACAGGAAAAUAGAGUCCUUCAAGGAGCUGGCAGAAACUGGGGCAGACGUGAUAAUAAACUGCACGGGUAUAAGAUCAGGAGAGCUCCAGCCAGACCCCGAGCUCAAACCAGGCCGCGGUCAGAUAGUGAAGGUGGACGCUCCGUGGCUGAAGCAUUGGAUUCUUACCCACAAUUUUACAACAGGAGUCUACAAUUCACCGUACAUCAUUCCAGGGAGUCGUCUUGUGACAGUCGGCGGGGUUUUCCAGUUGGGAAACUGGAGUGAACAGAACAACUCCACCGACCAUAAGAAUAUCUGGGAUGGCGCUUGCCAGCUUGAACCCAGUCUCAAGAAUGCCAGGAUAGUAGAGGACUGGUCCGGCCUCAGGCCUGUCCGCAGCAAAGUCCGACUGGAGAGGGAGGCCAUAAAGUCUGGUGCAACUUCAAUAGAGGUGAUUCACAACUACGGCCAUGGAGGUUUCGGACUCACCAUUCACAGAGGCUGCGCCCAGGAGGCAGCGAGGCUCUUCGGUCAGAUCGUGGAGCAAAAGGCAAAGGUCCAAAAGCCCGCUUGUAAAUCUGUUCGGCAGCAGUGAUUGGUGCUCCUUUUCAAAUUUCAAUGCCAGUGCCUUGUAUCUCAUAAAAAACACUGAUCUUAUCCAUAACUAGCAUUUUAAAGCAAACAGAUAUUCAGCAUCAUAUAUUUUUGAGGUAAUUACAUCACUUUAAAACAACGUAAUGUAUAUGUAACAUCCAUUAUUAAUUCACAUGUAACAAAAUCAAUCAUAGGAGGUUUGGGUCAUUUAAAAGAAGUAUAUAAAGUGUACCUCUCUUUCACUCAUCACACUGUUUAGUAAAAAAAUAACAACAUGAAUCCACUGCUCUUUUUGAAAGGUUAUUUACUAUAGUAUCAUACACAUUUACAUCCAGUGCAUUGACAAGAAUCUGUGCACACAGACACUUAAUGCAGCACUAUAUCUCAAACACUGGCAGGUAAGACUCAGCUUGCCUGUACUAGUUAACCUUUUUUAAACAAAACUUUACUCAGUGUGGGCAAAGUCCGUCUUCACAUCACCUUUGUUACAAACAAAAGCAAAGACAACAACUAAACCAGGUAUUGAUACAGUAUUUACAGAAAGACAGAACGCCCUGCUAAAUGGUUGUGUAUGCAGCAUGGAUUUUAGAUCGUAACACCAUAUACUCAUGUUAAUAAAUCAUGUAAUUCUUACUUACUAGGUUGAGCGUUGGGUGAUGAAAAUACUUAGAUUUAGAUUUCCUAAUACUUCAAUUUACAUUAUGUCGUCUUCAGUCCAGGAUCUGUGGUUCCAGUUGUGCUAUAAUUAUGAAAUAUUCUCGCCUGUAUGAUGCUCUGAUUAGGGCUUUUUCAGAUGAAUGUAAAUAAAAUCACCACGUAAUGAUCAAGA